AUGUUGCAGACCCGUAACAUUCAUUGCUAUGCAGAUGACAGCACUGGUGAUGCUCUUUACACCGGCCGAGCCAAUAUUUCUCGGGAAAACGUCUCCGAGUGCCGGGACAAACUUGUGUCUGAAGUCGAGUCUCUGCUGGACAGAGUCUCGGAUUGGGGGCGACUAAAUCUAGUCCAGUUUAACCCCCAGAAGACACAAGUUUGCGCGUUAACCGCUAAAAAGUACCCCUUUGUCGUAUCGCCUCAGUUUCAAGGCACUCCCCUUGUUGCCUCAGCCAGUAUCGGAAUCCUCGGCGUCGACAUAUCGAGUGACGUGCAGUUUCGUGGUCACUUGGAAGGGAAGGCCAAAUUGGCCUCUAAAAAGCUUGGCGUGCUCAGCAGAGCGGGACAGUAUUUCAUGCCGGCACACCGCCUGCAACUAUACAAGGCGCAGGUUCGGCCGCACAUGGAAUACUGUUCCCAUCUCUGGGCUGGGGCUCCCCAGUACCAGCUCCUUCCACUUGACCACAUCCAGCGCAGAGCGGCUCGAAUCGUCGACGACCGAGUGCUUUCCGAUCGGCUCGAUUCUCUGGCACUGCGAAGAGAUGUUGCAUCCCUUUGCAUUUUCUUUCGCAUAUACCAUGGAGAGUGCUCUGAGGAAUUGUUCGGAUUAAUCCCAGCCGCCAAAUUUCGUGAACGCACUACGCGGCAAACGUCCCGAUACCAUCCACACCAUCUGGAUGCUUGGCGGUCCACCACUGUACGUUUCAAAAGGAGUUUUCUUCCGCGUACAACCUCUCUGUGGAAUAAUUUACCACCAGCGAUUUUUCCGGACCGAUACGACCUGGGGACCUUCAAGAAAAGAGCUUACUCCUUUCUAAAGGGCCGGCAACGCGUCUGCAAUUCCCCUGGUGUUGCAGUUGAUCAUGGGCGGCGGUAG